AUGAUAAACACCCCGGUAACCUUUUUAACAUGGUUAAAAGGAAAGUAUAGUACAGAAACAGUAGGAAGCAAACAGAUUGCAGAAAGAUUUUUAUCCCAAGAACAAUUCAAUCCAACUGAUACACCAGAUAUAUAUAGAGAAAGAAUAAGGCCAUAUUUAACCUAUAUACCUUAUGCUGAUCUAUUACCAUAUCUUUAUGAUCAUUUGCCUGAAAAUAUUGAAGUUCGAAUGAGUAUAAAUCCACCUGCAGAUAUUAAUACUUUCUUUAUUAGUCUUGCUACAAUUUAUCAUAAAUUAAAUCAAAAACAAGUUUUUCAGGAUUUUCAAAAAAUGCUUCAAGAUGAAUUUAAUAAACAGCAAGAAUUAUUAAAAAAACAGCAAACAGAGCAUAAAGUUGAAAUAGAAAAAUUGAAAGCUGAACUCCAAUCACAAAAAGUGCAAAAAACACAGAUACCAGUUCCACAAACUGUUAAACCGGUUAGACAGCCAAGAGGCUCCCCAUCAAAUUUAAAAACAGAAGAAGAUUAUAAAAAUUAUUAUAUAGCAAAAUACUUUAAUGAUUUAGGUAUAUAUAGUAAUGAAGAUUUAGAUUCACAUUAUCUUAAAAAACCUUUUCAAAAAACAAAUCAAUUCGCUAGAAUGGAUAGAAUAGAAUCAAAAGUAAACGAAAUUGGACAAAUGACAUCUCAAUUUGGAAAAAUGGUACUUGAAAAUCAAUUCCAAAAACCAGUAGCCAAAUUAAAUCGAACGCAACGAUAUUAUCCUUUUCAACCAAUAAAUUCUAGCAUUUUAGCUAAUGAGAAAAGUAAUGAGGGUGGAUAUGAUGAAGAAAAAGAUAUAUGUAUAAAUGAUUUAUUUAUUUCUGAAUCAUUUUUAGAUAAUGGAAGUGAAUUUGGAGCCUUGAAUAAUGCAGCAAUUAAUGUCCUUGAAUGGAAAGUUGACAAGCCAUCUGACUUUGAUAUAAAAGGUAACUCUAAAUAUAUCACCGAAUCAUUGGGAUGGUUUACGGAUAUACCAGUCAGUAUAAAGGAUAAGGAUGGUAAAACUGUUACAGCUACUGGAAAUUUUAUACGUAUUGAUAAUGGUGAACUUGAACCAAUGUUAUAUUUAGGUAUGACAUGGAUUCGAAAAGUUCAAG